AAACAACAACACACACACAAGAGUGGUAGGCUGUAACACCACCGUAAUUUGACUACAUUUCCCAGACUUCAUCAUACAAGCUGCGUCACUCUUUGCCCAGCCCGCAGUUCCAUUGGAUCCUCCGGACUGAAACGGAGCGACGCCAGCGAGCAUGGCAGACACAGAGGACCCUGGUCCAGGCGAGGCCACCGAGCCGGACACCCCGCGCACCAGCCGGCCACACUACGUCUCGUUCAGCGAGACCGUUCAGCCAGCAGUCGGGAUGGUGAGCCACCUACUGAGCCAGCAGACGUCCCUGAAGUUCGACAAAAACAUCAAACAGGCCUUCUACAACACGGGAGCGAUGAUCUUCGUGGCGAUCUGUUGCGGAGCAGCGGUGUUGGUCUACUUCAUCCUGGAGGCUUUUCUGCGGCCGCUGCUUUGGGCGGUGCUGUGCGGCACUUUUCUGCACCCCUUCAAAUACUCGCUCGCCCGCCUUGGCCGCUCCUGGCUCAGCAGCCUGCAGGACAGCGGCACACCGAUAGUGGUUGGGACUCUAUUGGUGCCGGUGUGGUGCGUGAACUACGGGGUGGAAACUCUGGGAGGACUGGUCAUAGAUCGGCUCAAUGUACUGCUGGCUGUUGGGGCCGGUGUUCCCCUGCUUUAUUUCCUCUAUCUGUUCUGGAGCGUCAUUGGCAUGCAGGUGAUCCUCAGUCACGUCUGCACGGUCAUCUGUCUCGGCCUGGAUUGUUUCAACGCGGCGUGGGUUGGCACUUUAGUUGUGGGCUAUGUGUUGGCUGUGGCAUUUAAGUGGACGCCUGGGAUGGAAGGUUGCUUGCGUACACUGUCUGUGCCAGUAUGGGCAGCACUUAUUUUCUACCUGGUUUCUCUGACAGGGUCUUGGCGUGUGCCUGUGUUUGUGGUGGUGGUGUUACUGCUAAUAGUGGGUUCUCAGGAGAAGCCUGCGGUUCCAGGGAAAGGUGAGCUCUCUGGUCAGGUGCUCUCCUUUGCUGCUAAUACAAUCUUCAUGGCAAUCUCCUGCAGUAAUGUCAGCCAUGCUGAAAAGAUCCAGGAAGAGAAGAGCACCAAAAAACCAUCCAAAGAAGCAAUGGACCCCCCGAAGAGACUCUUUAGCAUUCCCUCAUCCCGGCGGCAUAGCAGACUAGACUUCAGGGGAAUCCAGCACAAAGAGAAGGCCAGUGAUAUUUACUUUGUGCUGCUUGCGUGGGCUAUAGUGCUGGUGCAGAUCUGGCUCAACCUCUGGAUCUUACAGUUACUUCCCAUCCCUGUUGCUGUUUGGGCCCUGAAGAAGAUGGUUGUCCAUUUUGGGAUGAAGGACUUCAUCUGGCGGACACUAGUGAAAUGGUGGGGUGCUUCUGAGACAUUUGUCAAAGACAGACAGGAUGCUCUUCUGCCUGGACCAAUCAAAGGCCUAGCUCAGUUCUUGCUUCGGGUCGACACUAAGCUCUGGCAUUGGCUUAACAAGCAGAUGAUAGUGUGGCUGGAGCGCUCUUUGGAUAAGCUGAUCAGUAUUUUCAUUAUCUUCCUGCUGGUAACUGGCACACUGCUCAUGGCCUUGCUGCUCACAGCUAUGGUGCACCAAGAGAGUGUUCAUAUCAUAGAGGUCACCAGUAAUUUGAUCAAUGAGACCGUGUCCAACCACCCAGAGUGGGCCAAUUGGCUCCCAGAGGCCCAAGUUGUCCAGAAGGCUCUAAACUCGGCUGCCACAAAUGUUUACCAACAUGGGAGAGAAUGGAUCACACACAAGCUUCAUAAGAUGUUGGGUGAUAAAGUAAACAACACAGCUGUGAUUGAGAAACAAGUUCUGGAACUGUGGGACCGUCUCUAUCAGUCCUGGAUUGUGAAGAACAUGACUCACUCUGGACGACCCCGUGGACACAAGCUACAUAUGCACAGGCAGAACAGCUGGCUCGGGGACAUACUGGACUGGCAGGACAUCGCCUCAUUCGUUCAGGAGAAUAUCGAGACGCUGCUCUCGAUAUUGGAGUCUCUGUGGGUGGUGAUGAGUCGAAAUGUUGGCUUGCUGAUAUCCACAACAACCACGCUGCUCACCGUACUGUUCCACAGCGGCUCCGCACUGCUCAACUUCGCCCUGUCUCUGGUGAUUUUUCUGACCACGCUUUUUUACCUGCUGAGCUCCAGUGGCGAAUACUACAAACCUGUGAAAUGGGUUAUCAGCCUCACACCCCUCUCCCAACCUGGACCCUCUUCAAACAUUGUAGGACAGUCUGUGGAAGAGGCUAUCAGGGGUGUGUUUGAUGCCUCUCUGAAGAUGGCUGGAUUCUAUGGCCUUUAUACUUGGCUUACUCACACAAUAUUUGGCAUCAACAUCGUCUUCAUCCCCUCAGCAAUGGCAGCAAUCUUGGGUGCGGUGCCGUUUUUGGGGACGUACUGGGCGGCGCUGCCAGCGGUGUUGGAUUUGUGGCUGGCACAGGCAGAGGGAGUUAAAGCUCUGCUGCUGCUCUUCUGCCAUCUGCUGCCAACAUACUUCGUGGACACGGCCAUAUACUCCGAUAUAUCAGGAGGUGGACACCCGUAUCUGACUGGCCUUGCGGUAGCAGGUGGUGCGUACUAUUUAGGUUUGGAGGGUGCCAUCUUUGGUCCCAUCCUGCUUUGCAUACUGGUGGUGGCGUCUAACAUCUACAGCGCAAUGCUAAUGAGCCCUAGCAGCAGUCAGACAACGCCAGUGCAGAGCCACUUCCCUCUACAUCAUGGCAGGUCAUUCUCAGAAACUCCAAUGCAGCUGAGGAAGAGAGAUGAAUGAAAGGCGUAUGAGCAGCAGUCUGUUACACUUGUUAACAGCCCCCCCUUCUCUUGUGUAUCCCAUACACUAUAAAAGAGGGAACUCUUUUAAUAUCUUCACCCUAAGAGAUCUGUGGUUCUCAUAGCACUUAGAAUAUCGAUGCCCCUUGAUGUCGACCUCUGUGCUAACGGUUCAUUUAGCACUUAGCACUUAGCACUGUGAUGCUAAAUUUGGGUAAUGCUGGGAUACCGGGCACAAAAAAAGCUAUGCCGCUUGCACACUCCAGUGCAAAGUUUAGUUAGCACGCCUGUGCGUUGUCUAGCACUGUACUGGUGAGUUAUGCCAGUGUCACGAUGCUAGCGUCAGUUAGCACACUAACAAUACUACGUUUACAUCGUGUUUACUGUAACAAUCCACCAGGGGCUCACUCAGUGGAGCAUGUUUUCAGCCUAUUAGAUCACUGAUUGUUUUUUGUUUGUCUGGCAGUACUGAUUAUUUAUCCCAUAUUGUGGUUUUGUGUGGCAUUGUUGUCAUGUAAAUGGUUAAGUUUGUGUGAAUGAAAGGAAUUUACUCUCAGAUUUUACUAUUUAAACGCCUGUUUAAAGUGUUUUAUCUUUGUCUUUGUUCCUGGAGAUCUACUGUACCUUCCUGCAGAGUCAGGACUGAGCAGCGCUGACCUAUACAAAUAUUCUUAUUCAAGCUGAAGGUUUGAUUUGUUUAUGAACAAAUUCUAUCUCAACAAUAACAAUGACACUAACUUAAACUAGUUUUUGCAUCUCCGCAGUUCUGUAUUUGUCAUUUUUGUGUUUUUUUUACCAGCUUACGUUCAUAUUACCUCAAGCGUCUUAACAGUUUCUGUUGGCUAUAGACUGAAUUUGUGUAAAGUACAUAGAGAUGUUUAUGUACUACUCUUUCUUACAUAUGCAUUUCUAUAUCUGCUUGGAUUUUAUUUCAAGUCUCUUACAAAGCUUCCUGUUUAGGAAGGAUGUUAAAAUCCCUGUUUUGUAAUAAUGUAUGUGGUUAUUUUUUUUUUAUUUUUUUUUUUGUAAAUGCAGUACUGUUGUUCAGUGCUCAAACAUUAUAAACAAUCAUCUUUUAACCAGUUAGACGAGAUACAGUUUAGGUAGAGCUAAAUGACCAAAUGCUGAUGGCAGAAAUGAUAUCAGCUUGUUAAUUAGAGAACCUGUGUGUCAAUACAUGAAUACAUUGCACUGAAUAGAUAAUGUACUCACUCUGCUGUUUCUCCUUUAUUUAGGAUAGGUUAUUCAAAAAGUCCACAAAUAUUCUGUUAAAGACGUCACUGGAGACUGAAAGUGUAUGCACUUUUUUCGGUUCAUGCCAAAUAAGAGAAAUAUGAUUUAUAGUUAGUUGUUGUAAUAGCUAAAUGUGAAAGGAAAAAAAAAAGCAUGGUUUUAUUUUUUAUUAUGUGAAAUACAAAAAAAAAAAAAAAAAGACUGAGUGUUUGUUUUGUUCAUACGCAGCACUAUUAAAUUGUUUUAAUAAAACCGAUUACAUUUUUAAUUGGGUACAUCUGCAUUCGCUGUCUUUCUGGUUGUGUAAAAUUGAAUUGUGUUUUAUCAGGCUCAUUUGGGGAAUUGGAUGUUGCAACCCACUGCAAUUCCUGAGCUGAUUUUCAACCAUUAUCACAGUCAUGUUGAAAUGGUCGACGUUCAAAGCGCACAUCAUACGUGCAUCAAUAAGUAACUUUUCUUUUAGUUUAACGCUGUGGGUCUGCAGCUGGACAUAUCUCAAAACAAGCAGAGUGAUAUAAAAAGUCCCAGAGCUGUUAAAGGGAUCAUGAAUGGCCCUUUUAUUAUUAUUUUGUACUGUUCUCUGAGGUCCACUUAUAACAUUAUUUUUACAUCAGAAAACAAUUUAGAAGUAACAAGCUAUUUUCUGUCCUGUUUUUGACCCCCUCAUCAGAAGCUCUGUUUGAAAAGGCGUGAAGAAGUUGUAGACUCGGAAGUAAACGGCCAGUACUAUGAUUGAUAUACGUUGUGUAUGUUUGACAGCCUACAUCCUUCACAGAUGGAUACUGCUGUGAUUUAGGUUAAAAACACAUAAACACUCAGUACAUCUCAAACGAUCAGUAAUAACAGAUAAAGCAAUUAGUGAUCACAUAAUAAAAACAAUUGCACUUGUGUUGCAACAUUACUGUCGAAUGCAAUUUAGUCGGCACUGCAUCAUCUUUCAGCUUGUAAACGAAUUUGCGGUAAAGUGGAGUGAACAAAAGGACGAGUCCUUACUGAUGUUGUCUGUAUCUUAAUUAAAUAUAAAGUUUCUUAAAAUUUGUCGUUUGGUUUCUGCGUAGACCUGCAUUUGUCGCUGUUGUCAUUUCCUACUACACGUGCGAAUCGAUGGGCGUGGCUAAAAACAGGCAGUGAUGUAGAAGCAGGCGUUGAUCUUCUUCAUGCUAUCACAUCAUAGAGUAUUCCAGUUGUUUUUGAUUUCUCAGUUCAUGACUCCUUUGAAUGGUGAAAUUUAAGGACCGAAAUGAACUGUUAGUGUAUUUUUUUUUUUUUUUUUUUCAGUUAUUGCAACUGUUAUUAAGUGUUAUUAAGCCCAAUGUUACCUUUGGCCUCAGAUGCCCUCUGAUGAGUUCACACUUUCUCGGCCAUUCUUCACACUGUCAUAUCAGAGAGCUGAAAAUUGAGCCACCUCAGAAAGGAUUGAGGUGGGAUUGAAAUCGAUUGCCAUUCACUCUUGCUCAAUUACACUGAACCGUGCUAUUGACUAUCUCUCUUUCUCGGGUGCGCUGUGAGUGAAUGUGAGAAGGCCUGAUCGCCGAGUCUGUCAUCUGUUAAAUGAGCAGUAGACGUGCAUGGUUUGGUUUGUGAGGCUUAUGUUUUUGUUUGAAAGGUUCCAGUGUUCCAUUUUCCCCCUAAUUUUAUCACGUCAAAAGAAAAAAAAUAUUUUAAUGAAAUAACUGUUUAAAAAUUAUAUAGCCCAAUGCUUUUCUAAAUUCCCAACAUAGAUCAGUCAAGUUCCUUCAUGCUUAAAUUUAACGCAUCAAAAAAAAAAAAUUAAUUGAAUAAUAGCAAUUAUAUAAAUAACAUACUGCUUACUCAUUUUGAAACCUGCUAUAUUAGCAUGUGAUCAUGUUUGCAUCACCAAUAGAAGAAAAUGUUCCCUCAUGACCUUUCAUUCCAAACCUUACAACACUCAUUAGUCUCCAUCAGCCAAUUAGUCUUUUAUAUUCUUCCUCGAAACCCAAGUGAAGUGCUGCUGAGUUUUAAAAGAUGAAAUGAUUCUGGGAAACCAGAUGUUCACGCUCAGAUAUGGGGUAUAUGGUUUAUAAAAAGCAAGUUUUCCUAUUCUACUCAGCAUUUAUCCUUCAUUUGCUAAACUAAAAAUGUGUGAAUUUAUUUUCAACAACUUGCAAUGCUUAGGUGUAAUAUACUUGGAAAUAUAUAUUGGUUAAAAACAACUAAAAAAUAUUUUCACAGUAAUCUUUCAGGUUAAGAUGAAAUACAAUAUAUUUUAAUGACUUUCUCCUAUUUUAUUUCUCUAAGGCAAACACUUUUAGUCUAGUCUUAGGUUAGUCUUGUGAGUGCAGGGGUCUGAUAUUUAGCCACCAAGUGAUAAACCAAAGCAAGGCAAAACUAACUAUGAAACUUGAACCCUGCACUUGCACAAGAAUUGUAAAAGUUAUGAUAAUUUUGAUAACGUUUAUGCCUGAGGGUACCAAAUCCAGCAUAAUACUUUAACAAUCCAGCAUGGUACCCCAUUGUGCAACAAAAACCAAGGAACUAAAACCAACUUCACAGUUCUCAAUAAAACUUAUUUUUAAAACAUGAAACUGCAUGUGUGCACAUGAACAAAGAUCAUACAGGCUAACAUAGAAGUUGGACUGUAAACUUUCUGUGGUUUAUUUCUCCAGCCUGUGGAUCAUCUCAACACAGGGCUCUCUAACCCACCAAUCAGCAGGCCAGACCCUCAUCAAUUCAACAAAAAAGACAAAAACAAAAGACAUCCCUUUGACAAAUAGAAACACACACACUUGUUGACACUCACACAUCUCUACAGAUGAUCUUGAGGCCCUGUCCAAAUACUUGCAAGAUCCUUCCUCACCCUCUGCGAUGAAAUGGCCCUUUUAUUUACAAUCUAGAAUCAUCUUUUUUAGAAUCUAGAAUCUAUAUUUACAGUCUUAAAUUUCAGAAAUUUACAGUCAUUACUUAGAAUAUUUUUUUUCACAAUGUAGUCUAUAUUUAGAAUCUUUUUUAGAAUCUAUAAUCAAUAUUUAGAUAUUUAAAAUGUAGAAUGUUUAGAGUUACCUUUGUAAGAAUCUCCCGUGCAUUUACAAUCUUACAAUUUAGAGACUCACAUUUGACCUUUUCUUAUCUUUAUUAUUAAUCUUUUGUUUUAGAAUCUAGAAUCUUACAAUUUAGAAUGAUUUUUUUUGUUACACAGUGACAUAAUUUCUGGACUAAUGGCCAGGACACAAAGAGUACAGAUCAUUUAAAGUAUUUAGACAGGGUCAAGAGUUUUCAAGGAGAGAAAAAAAAAAAAAAAAAUCCUGAUUC